GGUGGGCGGGGAAUUCCGUUCAUUUGAAGAUGUCGUCGGCAAACAAGGCCAAGGGCAAGGGCGGCAAGAACCGGCGCCGAGGGAAGGGCGAUGUCGAAGAAAACAAGCGCGAAUUGGAGUUCAAGGAAGAUGGACAAGAAUACGCCCAAGUAUUGCGCAUGUUGGGGAACGGUCGCUUGGAAGCGUACUGUUACGACGGGGUGACCCGUCUCGGACACAUUCGCGGUAAGAUGCGCAAGAAGGUGUGGGUCGGCGUCGGCGACAUCGUGUUGGUGUCGUUGCGCGAAUACCAAGACGGCAAGGUCGAUAUCAUCCACAAGUACAACGCGGACGAAGCACGCAGCUUGAAAGCGUACGGCGAACUGCCCGACAACGCGCGUAUCAACGAAACCAGUGUCGAUAUGGACGGGGCCGGUGACGACGACGACUGCGGGUUUGAGUUUGACGACAUCUAAGCGACAGGCUCGCUGUUGCAUGCGAAAUCAUAACGAAGAACUCUUAUUCCUCCUUGC